AUGGAGAGUCCGCAAAUACCCCAAGGCAGCGCCAUUGCCGAUGUGGCGGAGGUGCCUGAAGCGGGGCCGUCCUCUGCGCCUGUACGCAGAGUGUACCCGAAGAAACCGAAGAAGAAGGUGGAGAAGCUGUUCCAACACACCACUGCCUUUGCGCCUGGACUCUUCCACGUCAAGAACCCGGCUGGAGAGUUCAUAGUGCGCGAGACGAACGUCGAUGUGAUCAGGCAGAUCUCCCAAGCGCGAGCCAAGGCCGAGAAGGAGGAAGCCGAGGCGGAACGGGCGAAGCGUGUAGAAGCAGGGGAGGAGGUCCAACCGCUCAGCCAUACGCUCAUCAUCCACCCCGGUUCCCGUAAUCUCCGGAUAGGUCGAGCAUCCGAUUUCUACCCAAAAGAGAUACCAUUCUGUAUCGCUCGUCCCUCAAACUCGGCCACAAGAAGUAAAGAGGCGGUUGUCCCGGGUAGCCGAGCGAAGAGGCUGGCGGAGGAGGCAAAAGAGAAGAAGGAGCGCAAGAGGCAGAAGAUUUCGGAGAAUGGGAAUGCCGCUGCGCGCAAUGGGACUGAUGACGGAGAGGAAGAAUGGGUAGAUCCGGUCGACCAGCAUAUAGAAGAUCUCCGAGACUAUCUCCGUAAUCGACUUCGUCAGAACCGUCUUUCGACCGACUAUCGGGAUGGCUUCCGCGUCAAGCAGCAUAAUGCCAAAGUUCGGCCAGAACCUAUACCGGAGCACAACGACCCAUAUCGGAUUGACUGGACCGAAGUGGAUGGGAAGAAGUUCUUUGUCGGAACAGAUGCCCUGAGGUUACCCAGUGGCUCUGGGUUCAAAGUACGCUAUCCCCUUCUCCAUCGAGGACUGAAUAUGCGGGACUGGGAAUCGCCUCAGAGCCUGAUGGAUGACAUCGCGACGAUUCUGCACGAAUCUCUCCGCACCGAGCUCGACAUACAUCCGAGGGACUACCAUAAAUACUCGGUCGUCCUCCUCAUCCCAGAUCACAACGAUCGCCUCCAUCUCCAAGCGCUCGUCUCCCUCCUCUUUGGCGAAUUCGGCUUCAAGGAAAUAGCGAUCCACCAAGAAGGCCACGCUGCCAUCUUCUCCGCCGGCAUGUCUACCGCCUGCGUCGUCGAUAUUGGCGCUACGACGACGUCCGUGACGUGCGUCGACGAAGGGAUGCUCAACCCGGAUACGCGGAUCAAGCUCGAUUACGGCGGAGACGAUAUUACGGCUGCGCUGGUGGCGAUGUUGACGCAGUCCAACUUUCCGUACAAGGAGCUGGACCUGGGGAAGGCGAUGGAGUGGGCGAUGAUGGACAAGCUGAAAGAGAAGAUAUGUACGCUGGAGGAGCACAUGGUGGCAAAUAUCGCCUGGGAUGUCUACGUCCUCAAGGAACAAGGCUUGACGCAGAAGUACCAGCUCCGAACGUAUGAUGAGAACAUUCUCGCUCCUCUUUGCUUCUUUGACACUCGCAUGAUCGAUUUCCAAGAAAAAGCUGGAUCUGGUCGUAUUGCGUUCUGGGAGGAAGCUCAAUCCGUCGACGAUCUCCUGUCAACCGCAUAUGGCGAGCCCACUGCUGCUAUGCGUUCAUGCGUGACCCAUCUCCUUCCAACGCCCGAGGUCAACACCUCGGACACCGCCAUGCAGAUCGACGGCGCCAGUGCCAACGGCGAUGCUAGCAUACCCAAACCGACCAUCGUCGAACCGAACGGCUCGCAAGCAUCAGCAACUAGCGACAAGCGACCCGCCGAUACCCCCGCCGGCUCAACGAAUGGAACGCCUGCUCCCCCAGACAUCGCCCCAGCCGUUCCCCUCCUCCCUCCUGCACCUGCCCAAGCGGACAUUCCAGUCUCCGCAUACGACGGCAUCGACGUCAUUGGCGAAGCGGCGAGAUCGCCCCUGGACGCAGCUAUCGCCGCGUCGAUCGCGAUGGCGGGAACGGAGAAUAAGGUCAAGGCGGCCGCGGGGAGUAUAUUGCUCAUUGGCGGAGGGUCGGCGUUGAAGGGUCUUUACCCGUUUAUCGCGGAACGUCUACCGCCCCUCCUCCGCGCCAAGGGCCUACCUAUUGCCGAGGUACAGAUCGUCCCGCCCCCUCGAGGACUCAAUCCGAGAUUUGUGAGCUGGAAAGGGGUGAGCGUGAUGUGCAAUUUGGAGAGUUUGAGCGAUAUGUGGAUUAGGCGGGACGAGUGGGAAGCGAUUGGUGCGAGGGCGCUGAAGGAUAGGUUGACGUUUUUGUAG